AGGACGCCGAUGAUGGAUCUGCUUGUACAAGUCACCACUGCCUACAAGAUCUCCCCAGCGGGUUAUAUUCUUCAACCCUAUGGGGAGACCGGGCUUUUACCCUAUAAGCCUAGCACGCCAAUAGGUGCUUUAGAUACUUGGAUUGUGCAUAUUGUGCCAAAGAACCAAUCACUUCAGAAUCCAUCUAACAAGAUCAACCUCAAGCAGAUUAUACCACCAUUUGAGCAGACCUUGAGGUUCCAGGUGAAUCUACCCAGAAAUCAGCUCUACGUGACGAGAGUCUCCGGACGCUGUUCCAUGAGGGAUAUUCUCCACCAGGCCUGUACUGAGAAGAACUUGGAUCCUAGCAAGUACACCCUUCGACAUCCAAAGCAACUGGACAAACCACUGUACGAUGACUUAAGCAUAGCGGAGUACGGGCACAACCAGGUCACCAUGCUGUCCAUCAAGAAUCUUCCAACAGCAGUCUUGACUGAGGAUAUUCUACAAAUGAAUAAGUACAAAACGCAAAGUGACAGUGGUUCGGGAAGUGCUGCGAGUUCUGUAUCGCCGGUGGUGCCCGUUCAGCCUUCGAAGCCCGUGAGGAAGAGGAGACCAGCGCCGAAACCUCCCGUGCAGCAGCGAAAAGAGCAGUCCCAAAAGCAGCAGAGUGAAACCAUCAUUUGCCAUUCUCGAACUUCUUCUGACAGUAGUGGCUACCAUGAAGCAUCUGUGCUUAGUGAAAGUCCAGAUUCUAACAAUAGUAGCUUGCCAGAUUCCCUACCUAGAAGAAGCAAACUUCCAACUGCCGAAACAAAUAAUAGUAGAGAAACGAAUAAAUUAUCUCGGUCUCUAUCAAACCUCCAUCAAGCUUCAACUUCUGCUUCUGCUAAAUCAACUCUCAAACCUGCGCAGAGUGUUUCCUGCCUUGCUCCUAGUCGUAAAAAGAAACCUGCACCAGCACCACCAGUCCCAAUAGCUGAAGAGAAAGAAGAUAAAAGUGCAACGCUUCCUCCUUGCUCCCGACUAAUGGAAUCGACUGAAGAGAGGAUAGAAGCACCAAUAAACAAGAAGCCUGCUCCAGUCCGAGCGCCAAGUCCUGUAAAUACUGUUGUACCUGUGACCCGCCAGAGGAUAAGUAAACCAAAGGCACCCGUCCCUCGGCCGAGGAGCACGAGUUUUGAGAACACGAGGCUGAACCAGAAUAUUUUCGACAAACUGGAGGUCAUCAUUAGUGAGAAGAUAGCACCUCAAGCACCUCAGAGUGAAAAUACCGAUAGUGAUAAUGCAAGGCUCGAUGCUGAAAUUGAGAGGAUGUUUGAUCAGGCGACCAGAGAACAUGUAUCCCUGGAAUCUGGAGUGGAAUUAUCAAGGGGACCUUCACCAGAUUGGAACUGGGAGUACAGACUUCCAGCUCCUCCUACUUUCAGGGAUGAUGUUACUGUACCCUCCCUCAGCGAUUUAAGUUUAUCAUCUCCCUUGAAGCAGAUUCUCUUUGAGCCUCUUGAUACCGCUAAAGAGCUUAUAAUUGAGGAAUCAGAAACAGAAACAGAUGGCUUGAAUGUUGAACUGAACCUGAGGGAAUUAGAAACUAUAAACGAAAAUGAACUGAUUGAAGAUGUUCAUACCGAGGCAGAUGUACAUAGAAAUUUAGAAAAUGUAAAUACAAGUAGCGAAACAAAUAACAACAAAUCAUCUGAGAAAAAGAGUGAUAUUGUCUACAAUGGGGAAAUUAACGGAGACAUACAUAUAGACAAUAAUAAACAAAAUCAGAUAAAUAAAACUGAUCAAAUUAAUGUAUCCAGUAAGACAAACUUAUCGGAGAUUGUAAAUACUAAAAAUAGUAGUGAUUCAAAUGAAAACAUUAUCCAAAUAACACCAAAAAUUAGAGAAGAAAAUUUAGAAACUAAGAUUGUUGAUACUAAGCCUAAAAUUGUAAUUAUAAACAAAAAGAAUCACGUUGAAGAACCUAUACAAAAUGGAAUACAUUCAAAAACAAAUUUCAAAUCUGAAAAGGUUUGCAUUAGCAUUAAAAAUGAAGAACUUCAGAACUCUACUAAAGUUAUCAACAAGGCAAGAGUAGACAGAAGUGAUGCUAUCAUUAGGGUAAAUGGAAAAGUAGAAAGGUCUCAGGAACAGUCUGCAAUCAUCAAUGAGCUAGCAACGGUCAUAUCGGAGCGACAGCAGAAGCCUCCCAAGGAGGUAAAGCCCGAGCCUAGGCAAGAUAGGCCACUGUCGCUUCCGUUAGAAAACUUCAAAAUCACAACUUACACCAGUUCCAAACCUGUUGAGAUUUACAAAGAAGGAAGGACACCACAGAAGGCUCCAGUGAAGGAAAGCAAUUUGGUUGUUCGCAGAAAUUCUUUUACUGAGGAGAAAAAGGGCUCUCCAUCAGUUAAGAGAUCAGCUUCAGCUAUUACUAAUCUCCAGAGGAGGCUCGAACUUUCCAGAUCGAAUGGAAAUCUUUUGGAAGUUGAAGAAACUCCAGUAAGACACUUCCAAAGAAAUCUGAGGAAGACAACCAGUGAGCUCAUCAUUAAUAUUGAUACUGAUGAGCAGAAGGGUGUUGUGAGAAAGCAGGAAACUGGACUUCAAUCACUUCAGGUCCUUAGGAGCAUAUUGCCACAGUUAAGCCAGUCCCAAGGAGCAUUGAAUACUGUUGAUCAAAUAAAUGAGAAGAAAGAAGAAAAACCAGCAGUACACUUGACGACUUGGGGUGAGCGACCUAAAAGACAAGUAUCGAUUAAGACAGACAAAGAUUAUGUGGUAGGAGGUACCAAAAGCGAAGCAACUGUGAUAUGCAGUACGAGCACUACUACCAUCACUCCACCGCCACCCAGCUCAACAUCUAAAAGCAUCACUGUCGAGGUUGUCAGCCCUGUCACCAGGUUGGCAGUCACCUCUGAGAGUCCAUCAGACAGGACCAUUAACCGUUCACCACGUACCAGUGUCUACAAGUCAAUGGAAACUGGAAAUACUAAGGCUAUCAAACUUCCUGAUCUUGGCAGGAUCCCAGUUGUCAGAGGUGUGGAGCUGAAGAAGCACCCUACUACUUCUGAGAGACCGCCAUUGGAAAAUGGAUUUAUGUUGAAUGGGCACACUGAAAAAUCAUUCAGCCAGAGCCCACCUUGGCUUGCUGAGAGCCGCCAGCUACGACCACCAUCAUACCUGUUUGGGUGCGAGCCUAAGGUUUAUUCUCCGCCUCCAGCUCCUACUCCUCCACCCAUGGUCAAGCUGAAGCCUGCCUCGCAGCGGGAAUUGCUCAAGCAAUCUGUGGCGUCCGACCCUAGGGAGGAAUUGCUUUCAUCCAUCAGGAACUUUGGCAAAUCUUCGCUUAGGAAAGUUUCUACCAGAUAA